UGUGCCCUGAUGGUCAGUGUAGCCCCAGCAGUGCUACCUGUCAGUGCCCAUCAAUGCCAGCUGUCAUUGCCCAUCAAUGCCACCUGCCAGUGCCCAUCAGUGCCUCCUAUCAGUGCCAGUCAGUGCCACCUAUCAGUGCUGCCAAUCAGUGCAGCCCAUUAGUGCCAGUCAGUGCCACCUAUCAGUGCCAGUCAGUGCCAUCUAUCAGUGUUCGUCGGUGCUGCCUAUCAGUGCCAGUCAGUGCCACCUAUUAGUGCCAGUCAGUGCCGCCUAUCAGUGUCAGUCAGUGCCACCUAUCAGUGCCCAUCAGUGUCACCUAUCAGUGCCCAUCAGUGCAGCCUAUCAG